CGGGCAAGCGAGCGAAAGGUGCGACGAGGCGAACUUGCGCCUGGCUUCUGAGGACGCUCAAAGGCCGCAGCGAAGGAGAAGGUGCAGGGAGGUAAGGAACGAUGAAGAGGAAUGGGAAGCCAGGGAGUGCUGGGAAGCGGCAAUUGGGAAGCGUAAGCAGGCUGGCUGGCUGGCGAUGAACGCAGGCAGUGUCGAGACACAGGAAGGAUGAUGAAGAACAGGGAGCAGCGCGGAGCAUAUAUGAUGAGGUGCAGGUCAUACGUCCAUGAAAAUUCUGGAUAGCUUGUCGUCUUGUUAGGAGAGAAGGCUGCACGGUUAGGGUGACCAUGCUGGUGUACACAACUGCAUCACGACGUCCAUGCCGAAUGCUUACAGCAGCGAGACGACGUUCUAGCUCGAAAGCCCCACAUUUGACAUCAAUCAUUUAGUGCGAAGCAGUUGACCCACGUUUGGCUACUCCUCCUUUACCGCAGGGUAGAUAGACCUCGGUGAAGUGGCGAAGGAAGGGAUUGUUGGAGACAAGUAGAAUUAGAUAUCAGGUGCAAGUCAUGGAAGAGGUAGAGGGUGCAAAAUCGUCCAGAAGUCAGAAGGGUGGUGGAGAUACAUCGCCAACGAAUCCAAACAGACACCCGGUGAAGUCUGAAGUUUGCGCAGAGGUUCUAAAGCGGCUCGCGGAAGCUGGAGCUGAGGCCGUCGCCGCCCCCGGCUUUGCGGAGGAUCUCCAGGCGCACUUUAACAGACUCCCGACGAGGUAUGCGCUGGAUGUUAACACGGAGAGAGCUGAAGAUGUUCUCACUCAUAAGAAUCUGCUGCACUUAGCUGAGACACCUGAAAAUAGGCCUGCCUUUCACGUUCGACCUGUUCAUGUUCUCCCGGUUUCUUCAGAUGCCGGAGACGGUUCGCCAGGGACAAUCGAGGAGGAGGUCACGUCCCCUUUGAGUUCUCCUUCGAGGCAUGAUGAUGCCGGCAAUUUGAUCGACCGACAUUUCAAGAUUAACCAUCAUCCACCUCCUUCUUUUGGGUCAACACCGAAUCUGGAAGCCCUUGCUUUGGAUCUGAACAAUAGGCCUUCACAUCCCGAAGAAGAUAAAGAUGACGCUAAAGAUCACUCGUCACAGGGUCUCAAGUUGCCCCAUGCGCCAAUGCAUGAAGUCACGUUUUCGACAAUUGACAAACCCAAGCUUCUCAGUCAGUUGUCGGCUCUCCUAGCCGAUGUAGGGUUGAAUAUCCGAGAGGCCCAUGUGUUCUCUACCGUUGAUGGCUACUCCCUUGAUGUGUUUGUGGUUGAUGGUUGGCCGACUGAGGACACGAAGGAGCUCGGAGAGGAAUUGGAGAGAAUACUUGCUAAUAUGGAGGAAGGUGCAUGGUCCAAGUCUCUUGUAUCUUCCCCAAAAUCCUCACCUCCUCAACCAGCGGCAGCACCCUCUCCUCAAACACUCAGUCGGCAGGUUUCUUCUACGGACAGCACAAAUGAUUGGGAAAUUGACAACAAUCAGUUGAAACUUACGCACAAAGUGGCAUCAGGUGCCUUCGGAGAUCUGUUUCGGGGUACGUAUUGUGGACAGGAUGUGGCAAUCAAAAUCCUCAAGCCCGAACGCCUCAAUGAUAACUUGCAACGCGAAUUUGAGCAAGAAAUAUUCAUCAUGAGGAAAAUAAGACACAAAAACGUUGUACAAUUUAUCGGGGCAUGCACCAAACCACCCAAUUUAUCGAUUGUAACAGAAUACAUGUCUGGAGGAAGCGUCUAUGAUUAUCUGCAUAAGCAUAAGGCAGUAUUGAAGAUUCCUAUGCUUCUGAGAGUGGCAAUGGACAUAUCUAAGGGCAUGGACUACUUACACCAAAAUAACAUUAUACACAGGGACCUGAAAGCAGCAAAUUUACUCAUGGAUGAGAAUGAGGUCGUCAAGGUUGCUGAUUUCGGAGUUGCUCGAGUGCAAGAUCACAGCGGCAUCAUGACUGCGGAGACUGGGACGUACAGGUGGAUGGCACCUGAGGUCAUAGAGCACAAACCAUACGAUCGCAAGGUGGACGUGUUCAGUUUUGGAGUAGUUUUGUGGGAGCUCCUGACCGGAAAGCUUCCGUAUGCAGAUCUAACUCCUCUACAAGCAGCCGUUGGAGUGGUGCAAAAAGGUUUACGGCCAACUAUUCCGAAGCACACCAACCCGAAGCUUGUAGAUUUGUUGGAGCGCUGUUGGAAAACAGACCCAGCAGAGAGACCCGAAUUUUCUGAGGUUACUGUCAUUUUGCAUGAUCUCUUGAAAGAGAUUCGCACGGUAGGAGAAGACGAUCUUAAACGAGGAGAGAAAAAGGGGUUUCUUUCGGCACUGAAGCGGAGUGCUAACAAUCGUUGACGUACAAGAAUCGAUUGUUCCUCUUGACUGCCAUAUCGGACGAAUGCAACGGAGCGGGAUCUGGACUCCACGGUCAGACUCCUAGAAACUUCUCCUCGACAAGUUUCCUACAGCACCUCGGGUAGUUUUGCUUGUGAGCAGCAGCCGCUUGCAUACUCUGGGAACCUGCUAUCCCAUUAUCUGGCAGGCAACAGGCCAGUGUCAACUGUCGACACUUUCACUGUGCUAAAAGCAAGGUGCUGUGUGGUUCUGUACUGGUUCUCUUCCAUCAGGUCAUUUGUACUAGCAGCUCCUUGACCACGACGAGUGUAUCAGAGCUUUCAGACACGGGAAGGAUGGAGAGCUUGGCAGCAAAAUUUUUUGCGAGGAGGUGAUGGUCUCCUUGAGCUGCAUCUGUUUGGAAAAGUUUUACAAGUAAUUACGCUCGAGGAGGCAACGAGGAAGUUAAGAGAAGUGAGGAGCUGUGAAGAAGUCUAGUUUAUCUGGUGGAGAUGAGAUCCUUACUAAUUGUUGAAGUCUUUCAGCCCAUGGGCAGCUUCUUGAAGCACAAACUAAUCCAUGGCCAUUUUGGAUGGUUGCUUUUUGAGCUUAUGAUCUUGGACUGGAGAGAGUGUUAAAUGCUUGUGAUCUGGAAGUAUGCAGAGAUGAUUAAUUUGGAGACACUACAGGUUCUUUGUGUAAUUUGAUGAGUAUUUUGGAGACUGCCACGUUACCCCAGAUUCUAGUGUAGUUAGCUGAUGAAUGUGACGACCGUGAAGUGUAAAGGAUGUUUCAGUUGAGAUUGCUCAAUUUAUGAGGUUAUUGUUUCCAAAAUUUAAGUAGGACUGAGUUGACAGACAUGGCGAAACUUUAGGACUUAGUCGUCAAGGCUCGUCGGCGGGCUUCUUGUUCAUAUCAAUCUUACACCGGUGCCUUGCCCUCCAAUCAUUUAGCAUGGGCUUGAGCGGAAGGAUUGACCUGUUGGUUUCGAAAGAAUCCAGUUUGGACUUAGACCAGUUUGAGUUCUUCAUGAAUAUAUUUUUGAUCCGUAGAGCUGGUGUGAUGCACACGUCCAGGGCAAUCUCUCUAUGGUGUGUCUUCUGAAGGAACGAACCGGGUCCUGGGGUAGG